AUGAUGCUCUCUAUUGUUGAUACCCUCUUCCUCCUCAAUGCGCUGGUUGCUCGGGUUACAGCAGCUUCCGCAACAUCGUCUCGUGUGUCUGUUUCCAUCAAUCCACGCAUCCAGUUCCAAGAGGUUGAUGGCUUUGGUGCCUCUCAGGCCUUUCAGCGCGCGGAAGACAUCUUUGGGGAGUAUGGUCUCCCCGCCAUCAACCAGACUCUCGUCCUCAACCUUCUCUACGACGAAGACGUCGGUGCGGGCUUCACCAUCUUGCGCAAUGGUAUUGGCUCUAGCAACAGCUCUGAGAGCAAUUUCAUGAACUCAAUCGAGCCUAUCAAUCCUGGUGGUCCUGAUGCAAAGCCUCAUUAUACCUGGGAUCACUAUAAUAGUGCUCAAUUUCCGCUUGCCCAGCAAGCCUACAAACGUGGUCUCCAGACCCUCUACGCCGAUGCCUGGUCCGCCCCGGGCUACAUGAAAACCAACGAUGAUGAGAACAACGGUGGAUAUCUAUGUGGCGUGACCAAUGAGCAUUGUGCUAGUGGCAACUGGAUGCAGGCGUACGCGGAUUAUCUCGUUCAGUAUGCACGAUUCUAUCAGGAGUCAGGUGUCCGCGUCACUCAUCUGGGAUUUUUGAAUGAGCCCCAGUUUGCAGCAACCUACGCGGGCAUGCUCUCUAAUGGCACCCAGGCAGCCGAUUUUAUUCAUGUGCUAGCGAAGACUAUAAAAAGAUCUGGCCUCGACCUCAAAAUCAAUUGCUGUGACGGCAUCGGCUGGGAUGACCAAGAAGCUAUGCUGCCCGGUCUUCAAGCUGGUCCGGACCCAGCCAUUAACUACAUCGACGCGGUGACUGGGCAUGGCUAUGAUUCUGCUCCAACCUAUCCCCUCAGCACCAACAAGAAAACCUGGUUGACCGAGUGGGCGGAUCUUAGCGGCGACUACACGCCUUUCACCUUCUACGAGAAUGGUGGUCCCGGGGAGGGCAUGACCUGGGCUAAUCACAUUCAAGUCUCCAUGAGAGAUGCCGGAACCAGUGCAUUCAUGUAUUGGAUUGGUGCCGAAAACUCGACCUCGAACAGUGCUCUAAUCAAUCUCAUCAACAACGAGGUGCAACCCUCAAAGAGGUUCUGGGCUUUCGCACAGUUUAGCAAGUUUGUGCGCCCGGGUGCUCGGCGGAUUGAGGCUUCUAGCUCAAAUGACAAUGUGACUGUCAGCUCGUUCCGGAAUCACGACGGGGCCAUUGCAACUCAGCUGCUGAACCAGGGCGACGCGGAUGUUGAGAUCAACGUGCAGAUUGAUGGCUUGAAGUCGGGCGUGUCCGUCCAGCCUUUCAUUACCAACAACGACUAUGACUUGGAGCGUCUGACACCUAUCAGAUCAACAAGAGAUGGCUCUUUCAAUACUAAGAUCCCUGCUUGGUCAAUGGUCAGCUUUGUGGCUGUGUGA